AUGGCUCAAGAAACUGUGAUGAAAAGGUCACCCUCUCAUGAAAAAUUUCACAGGGUUCAAUUUGCAAUAAGGAUUUUGGUGCUGGUUCUGUUCUUGGGUUGGAUCUUCAUUUGGAUAAUGGCACCCACAGAUAUUUAUAGACAAAGAUGGCUUCCUAGAUUCAGAGCAAAGAUUAACAAUACAACUUAUUUUGGUUCAUCAGGUGCUAAUCUUCUGAUGUACACUUUCCCAAUCUUGCUCAUAGCCACUUUGGGGUGUGUGUAUCUCCACAUAGGCAAAAGAGCAAAUGGUUCCAACACGGAAAGCGGCAAUUCAAAGAAAGAUGAGGUAACCAUAUGGAAGCGUUCAGUGCUUAGAAAAGGCCCACUUGGCAUUGUUUCUGUCACAGAGUUUGCAUUCUUGCUUAUGUUCAUUGCACUCCUUGUCUGGUCCUUUGCACUUGGUUUACGCAACAGCUUUGCAAAUAUCACCCCCGCAUCAGCAGCACAGGAUUCCCAGAAAAUAUGGGAAGAGAAGCUAGACAGUGCAGCACUAAGGUUUGGUAUGGUUGGGAGCAUAUGUUUGGUAUUCAUGUUUUUUCCUGUGGCUCGUGGUUCAUGCGUGUUGCCACUGCUUGGACUCACCUCUGAGAGUUCCAUCAAGUACCAUAUUUGGCUUGGACACAUUGCAAUGGUACUCUUCACUACUCACGGCUUCUGCUACAUUAUCCAUUGGGCAGUUAUGCAUCAACUUUCAUCGAUGCUGGAAUGGAAGAAAAAUGAUAUAUCAAUUGUGGCUGGAGAGAUAUCUUUGCUUGCUGGUUUGUUACUAUGGAUUGUAACCAUUCCCCGCAUUAGGCGAAAAGUUUUUGAGCUCUUCUUUUACGCUCAUUACCUCUACAUCCCCUUCAUAGUCUUCUUCGUCUUUCAUGUUGGCAUGUCCUAUGCUUACAUCAUGCUCCCUGGUUUCUACCUCUUCAUGGUUGACCGUUACUUAAGGUUUCUGCAAUCAAGGCGCCAUGUGCGUUUGGUUUCUGCUCGGGUUUUGCCAUGUGAAGCUGUAGAACUCAACUUCUCUAAGAGCCAUGGAUUAACUUAUAACCCCACAAGUGUGAUGUUCAUAAAUGUACCAAGCAUAUCCAAGCUGCAGUGGCAUCCAUUUACCAUUUCGUCAAAUAGUAAUUUGGAGCUAGACAAGCUAAGUGUUGUUAUUAAAGGUGAAGGAACUUGGACCAAGAAGCUAUACCAGUUGCUUUCAACUCCUUCCACGAUAGAUCGCCUUUCUGUAUCUGUUGAAGGUCCUUAUGGACCCGCUUCAACCAACUAUCUAAGGCAUGACACUCUUGUGAUGGUGAGUGGAGGAAGUGGCAUCACACCUUUUAUAUCCAUCAUUCGGGAGCUAAUAUAUCUGAACACUGCAUUCAAAUGCAAAACCCCAAAAGUAGUCCUAAUCUGUGCCUUCAAGAACUCUUCAUCUCUGUCAAUGCUAGAUUUGAUCCUCCCAAUAUCUGGCACCCCUUCUGAGAUUUCUAAUAUGGAAUUACAAAUUGAGGCCUACAUCACAAGGGACAAGGAGUUUAAAGCGGAUGGCGUGAUUCAACCUCAAACCAUAUGGUUCAAGCCAAAUCCAUCUGAUGAACCAGUACAUGCCAUAUUUGGUCCUAACAGCUGGCUCUGGCUUGGUGCUAUAAUCUCAUCCUCUUUCGUCAUUUUCCUUAUCUUAAUAGGGCUCAUUACCCGUUACUACAUAUUCCCUAUUGAUCAUAACUCAAACCAAAUAUUCUCGUACCCCUUGAAAGCAUUCCUUAACAUGCUAGUAAUAUGUGUGUCCAUAGCAACUGUUUCUAGUGCAGUUGUUCUUUGGAACAAGAAACAUAAUGCUAAAGAAGCAAAACAAAUUCAGAACGUAGAAGGGUCUACACCAACAGUGUCGCCAAACUCCAUGGUAUACAAUGCAGAUAGAGAACUGGAAAGCCUUCCAUAUCAAUCACUUGUUCACGCCACCACUGUGCAUUAUGGUGUAAGACCUGAUCUAAGAAGACUCCUAUUUGAAUACAGAGGGUCAAGUGUGGGAGUUUUUGCUUCAGGACCCAACAUAAUGAGGCACGAGGUUGCAGCCAUUUGUUCAUCUGGUUUAGCUGAGAAUAUGCAUUUUGAAUCCAUUAGCUUUAGCUGGUGA